GUGCUUUGCUAAAAGUUGAAGACUUGCCACCAUGAAGACCACAUGUACAAGACGGGAUUUCAGCAUCAUCUUCCUCUUUGUGAUGGUCUAUGCCUUGAUCUUUGUGCUACAUCAAAUGGACAUUCUGCAAUUUCAGCCUGAAGUCAACUCCACCAUCAUCAUGCCACGAGUCUCUCCUCAUCGUAUUGUUAAUCACAGAUUCUGCACCUUCCAGCCACGGUCCCCCCAGGAUGCUUUGGAGGAACGCCUCAUACUAGACUCCAUUGCUCGGCCUGAAAAUCCACUUUUACCAUCUCCUAAUUCCUUGGAGCAGACAACUGAUCCAGCCCACAGCACCUUCACCAUCCUCCCAGGGAGGAAAGGGGGGCAGUGGCAUGUAGGGGACCAGCUGGAGGUUAUGAUACAAACCUUUGACUUCCAAGGUCGUCCCAAGAAGUCUGGGGGGGACUUCCUGACCGCCCGUCUGCACAACCGGAAGCUUGAAGCAGGUGUGGCUGGGCAAGUUGUGGAUCAUCUGAAUGGGAGCUACUCUGCUGUAUUCUCUUUGCUCUGGGAAGGAGACGCACGUGUUGAGGUGACUUUGGUUCACCCUGGCGAAGCUGUCACUGUGCUAAACAGGAUAAACAGACAACAUCCCGACAGGAUUUACUACAAGAGCCUCUACCGCUCAGGCUCACUCUCUGAAACCACCGUCUGUAACGUCUGCCUGCAGCCAACCCAACAGCCUUUGUGUAACCACACUGACCUUCGUACAGGCGAACCUUGGUUCUGUUUCAAGCCAAAGAACUUGAGCUGUGAUACCAGGAUCAACCACUUCAAGGCAGGAUACAAUCAUUACCUCUCAGCCGAGGAGGAAAAGCUCUUUCAGAGUGGCGUUAACAUGAAAGUCUCCAUUCAGGCUGCAGGACCUUCCAACAUCACUGUGUUGCCAGAGGAUGGUCAGCUCAAGGUGAAGAGCAGCUCAGUGACAUCUCUACCAUCUGGUUAUUACUACCAGGGUGUGUGGCGAGCUCUAGGAGGCAUCACAGUAUCUCAAUUUAACACAUCUGCCAUCACGCAGUGUCUGAAAGGCAAAGCAGUUCACAUGUAUGGAGACUCCACAGUGAGGCAGUGGUUUGAAUUUCUCAACGCAGCUCUACCAGGUCUUAAGGAAUUUGACUUGCACAACCCCAGAUACGUUGGACCUUUUAUGUCUUUGGACAAUCAAAACAACAUCUUGGUGAGGUUCCGCUGCCACGGUCCUCCUCUUCUUUGGCCCACUAUCCCAAUCAGAGAGCUUCGUUACAUUGCUAAUGAGCUAGAUGACUUGGACGCAGGCCCCAACGACGUCGUAGUCCUUAGCAUCUGGGCUCACUUUACCACUUCCCCAAUGGAUUUCUACAUCAGGAGGCUUCAGAGCAUCCGUAGGGCGGUGGUGCAGCUGCUGGACACAAAUCCAGGCACGCUGGUCAUCGUCCGGACUGGAAACUCAAGAAGUUUGAACGAUAAAGUGCCCCCAAUGGACAGCGACUGGUAUUCGCUGCAGUGUGAUAAGGUGCUCAAAGCCAUGUUCAAAGGACUGAAAGUUCAUCUGAUCGAUGCCUGGGAAAUGACCCUGGCCCACCACUUGCCGCUAGACCUCCACCCACCACCUCCCAUUAUUGAGAAUAUGGUAAACUCUAUGUUGUCCUAUGUAUGUCCUCAAAAGCACGGUUAGAUGUUUGUGUUUUUGGGGGGUGCCUACUGUGUAUUUUAACACUCUGUAAGGUUAUCUUAGUUUACAGCAAGUGCUGCGUUUUAUUCAUCAAUCAAUGCUCAGACCACAUCAAUUCUCUGAUUAAAUCACAAAUUGCCCUAAAAGGCCUUUACAAUCUCCACACAUGCAUCAUUGAUUGUCCCGAGACCCUCGCUUCGGAAUAAGAAACUUUACACAAAUCUGAAUAUUUUGUGGAGAGGAAGAAAACUUAGAUGAAAGAAACCCUUUUCCAAGAUGGGCAAAACUCAAUAGAUUUCAUUUAUGCAGAAUUAACUACAUAACUGAGUUGCACAUUAAAUUCAAAAUACGGAAAUAAUUUAUACAACUAGAAAAUGUAUUUCAAGCUAAAAAUUUGAUUUUUAAAUACAGAAAUACAGAAAGGAGACUCAAUGUUAUAUAUUCAAUCAAUUGGUCAAUUGGUCGCAUGUUAUUAUAAUUUAGAAAAUGGUAUUUUUUGAAUGAAAUAUGUUGCAGGAGCCUUGCUAUGACAAAUAGCAUCAUGUUUUUCUUUGUCUUUUGCGGUCUCUGAAUGUUAGUAAUAAGCUUCCCCCUCACUUACUCCACUGAACAGUGGAAGCCCACAGGUCUCCAGCCGGUCCUCUGGUCAGCCCUUCUCAUCUGGACGGGAGUGAGAUUUCACUUUGCCCGUCAUGGUCACCCUGGAUGUAGUGCAGGAAUAGAAAGUAAUUCAAGCUAGCUCUAGCUCUUCAUCUUGUACAGAAAAUGUGAGCAUUGCUUUUUAUAGUCAAAGGGCAGGCCUGGACCUACUGCAGGAACCGAGACAGGCCAGGUAAUAAAAGUAAUUGUUAUCCUCCAUCAUUUUCACUUUUCUGUCUGGGGUAUUAGGCUAAACCCGCAUGAGAAAAAACAGUGAGGUAGCAGCAAAGAAAUGGACUUCUUUCAAAAGAAAGUGACUAAGACAAAUUACAUUUUGUUUAUUGAAUCAGUGAUAUAACAUGGAGAUUAGUUAACCAGGCUUUAAAUAAAAUA